UCUUGAAAGAUUGUAAAUUUUACUUAUAUCCUUUUUCUGUUUCAAAGUUAUAAAAAUAAGUAUGCAUAAGCGAAAAAUCUAAUACUGUAUACAACCAUAAGUUUCAUAGAAGAUCGGUCUGAAUAGAAUAACGCUCUCUAAAGUUUGUGGCAUGCAGCGAGAAGCACGCUUGCAUGCACACUUAAUAAUAUUUUAGCCUCGUUAUUAUACAUUGAUGAUGUUACGUUAAAUAUUAUUAAAUAAACGCAAUAGAAUGUCAAUGUUAUUCAUAUCGCGGAAUAAUACUAUAAAGAUCUGAAAUACUAGAAAUUGUGUAUAACAGAAAAUACAAUUUUACAUUUCAGAUUUCUCGUGGAACUGGGUCCCUUCAUACAAAGUUCGUUGUGAAAUCAGUAGGGAAAUCACCGCGCUAUGUGUAUACAACAUAAUUGCCGCAUGAUCAUGGCGUGAGUGCUACAAAGGAACAACAAUGAUAGUACAAGAGAGGAGGAGGAAACCUAGGAGGUAUCGAGAAACGGCUGAGCAACCAUGGACCCGAGCAGCAGCCAACCGUGGAGUCUCCUCACCGCCGUCUCCCAAGAUUCUCCUCUCGGCCUAUUGCGGAUACUUAGAGCAAGUUAGAACAAGGAGAAAGGGGAGAGGUAAUGCAUUCAGUCGAGCGAAACGAUUCGAGCCGGCAGGCAUCAUGCUACUCCUAGCUUUACGAAACUCGGUCAACGGAACACAGUCAGUUUCAAUGAACAAUCAGCAAUUUGGCUUCAAGAUAAUGUGCCGAUAUCAUAUCGAAAGAGAAACUCCGAGAGAAACCUGAACACAAGCUUGAUCAUCCACCGGCAACGAUAUUACCGACUGCAUUUACUCGCACGAAUCUGUGAAAGGACAAGUUGUUCUUUCAUUCAAAGAGAUGCCGCCAUUACCAGCGAUAUACGCUUGU